UUGUUGCUUUCGUUUGUAAUUCAUAAGAUAAGAGAAGCGCAAGGGUGUCAAGAGUUCAUCGUGGUGCCUCCAAUGGCCAAAACCCCAAAACCCGAUAAACGAAAGCUCACCAAGAAACACAACGAUGACAAGACUCCCAAAAGGCUCAAAUCCAACAAGUCUGUCCAAGAAUUCGACUCAGACUCUGCCGCCGACCUCGCUGAGCUACUUGAACCCUACACCAAGGACCAGCUCAUCGACCUCAUCUCCAGAUUUGCCCUAAACGACGACUCCCUCCAUUCCCUCAUCUGCCGCCACGCCGAUGGUGAUGUCUCCCACCGCAAGAUCUUCGUUCACGGCCUCUCCUGGGAUUCGACGCGCCAAACUCUCCUCUCCGCCUUCCAGCCGUUCGGCGAGAUUGAGGAUUGUAAUGUCGUUACCGAGAAGGCCACUGGCAAGGCUAAGGGCUAUGGUUUUGUGUUGUUCAAGACGCGAAAAGCCGCCUCCAAAGCACUUGAGAAUUCAAGUAUUAAGAUAGACAACCGGAUUGUGUCGUAUCAGCUGGCGUCCUUGGGACCGGUGAAUAUGGUAGGGAAGGAGCAGGACUCGACGGCCACCGGAGCUAGGAAGAUUUAUGUGAGCAACGUGCAGGUGACUAUGGAAGCGGAAAAGCUUAGGGAGUUCUUUGAGAGGUUUGGUGAGAUUGAGGCAGGCCCGUUAGGGUUUAAUUCGCAGACAGGAAGGUCAAAGGGUUAUGCGUUAUUUGUUUAUAAAACUAUGGAGGGGGCUAAAAAGGCACUUGAGGAGCCAUAUAAAAUAUUCGAGGGGCAUCAGUUGCAUUGCCAGAAGGCAGCGGAUGGGAAGAGCAAGAAUUUGAUGCAGGUGGUACCAGGACAGCAGCAGCAACAACAACAACAGCAACAGCAACAGCAACAGGGGCAGACCCAACACCAGCAGCAGAUGUUGGCAGCAAUGGCAGCAGCGCAGCAAAUGGCAUUCUUUGGGCAGUUCCCAGGGUUUAAUCCAGUCUAUGGUGGGUUCCUAGGUAAUCCCUCUGCUGCUGGAUAUAUGAAUCCUAUGGCUGUGGCUGGAUUGAACCAAGGGAUGCUGGGACAAGGCAUGUUUGGCCAGCCUGUGAUGCCAACGAGCCAAGUAGGGGUGGGAAGUCAAUCAGUGCUAGGAGCUAUUGGGGCAGGUCAGGGAUUGCAGCAUGUUUAUCCAGAUGUGCAGGGUGGACAACUGGCUGUGGGAACGGGAGCAGGUCGGGGUCAGGGGCCUCCUGGGUCUUUCCCUGGGUUUCUCUCACAAAUGCGGAUGUUAUAUGUUUUAAUACAUGUUAUAUUGAUUAGCUGGAUUUGUGUAUUGAAAGUUGAAACACCUAAUUUAUGCUGCCUUUUAUACAGAGAUGUGGUUGUCUAUGAUUAGCUUGGUUUGUGUAUUGAAAGUUUGAACUGCUAUUUU